GUUGCAGAUGUCUGUAAGGCCUUGAAGGUCAUCGUAACCCCAGGACCUGUGGUGGAGUUCACUGAAGGACAACGGGGCACCCUAUUCUGUCGAAUAUCUCAACAGAAGAGGAAGAAUAGUUACUUAUCUCUGGUCUGGCUCUUUUCAAAUUCACUGUAUGACAAUCAAAGGAUUCUGAGGCUAAAUCGAACAGGCCAUGUGCAAGCAUUCCGUAACUGUAGGGAGCAUCGAUGUGAGCUUCAAUUCUUUGAACAGGGACUUGCCAAGGUUUACGUUUUGAUCAUCAACAAAUUUCACAACAGUGAUGAAGGACAUUACAGAUGUAAGGUGCAGGAAAUUGCAAACCUGAAUAGGAGGUGGCUCUCGAUAUCUAAUGGCGAUAACGCCACGCAAGUGAAAGUGCGUGUACCAGAGACAACUGCUGUAAUCUCGGAGAGUACCAGUGAAAGUUGGACACUUUUUGAAGAUCCACUUCUGGAAACGUCCACUGUAUUGAUUUCCAAGAAUCCUAAGGAAGUACGGACAAUAUUUGGAGAUCUGUAUCUUUAUGUAACGUUGGUGUGCUCCCUGGGGAUUAUAUCGCUGAUGCUUUUCGCAGCCAUUAUCAUUUGCCAGACUUUGAAAAACAGGAAGAAAACAAGAGGGAGAAAAUAUUUGACCAAGUGUCCCAACAGCAGUUCAGGAGAAACGGUGAUGAGUACAGGCAGCAUGUCCCUCCUACAACCCAAAUCAGAAAAGAAAAAGGUUGUAGUGCAAGACUCACCACCUCCAAUUCCAGUUAAAAGUCCAACAAGAGACACGUCAAAUAAGAAAAAAUUUUUGAAGAAGCAAGAUGCAAAAUCCAUUCUGCCGCGAAUUGUGGAAGACAGUCUGACGUAUGCCGAGUUGGAAUUGGUGCCAACACGGCCAAGUGCCCCAAGCAACCCAACGACUACAAACUCCCAGAGUCCCACUACAGUCUACGCCAAAAUCCUUUUCUCAGAAAACCAAAAUCAAUGAGCUCCAACUGGAAGAGCUGCAGGAAACGCAUGACAGAACAAUGUUUAAUGAACAAUCAAACAUAUGAAGUGUGCUUAUUUGUGACUUCAGCGAGACUUGAGGCCUUAUUGCUGUUGGCAUAAUUGUGUGUAAACAUGCACAGCACAGGCAGCCUGAGACUGCAGGGAGCUGGGCAAUCUUAUCCCCACUCUGUCAAUCAACAUCAACAAUGUACACAAGUUGUGCACAUUGGGCCAGUUUCUCAGUCACUGUCCCCACUUCGAGGAGGAAUACACAGGUUUUGGGCCUGCUGCAACAAACUGCACCUUUUACCAUUUCAUUGCACUAGGAUCAAUAUGGGGCAAGAUGAAGCCUGAGGCCUAGGACACCUCAUCUUCCUGAGUCACUGAAAGACUGAGUGGGGCAUAAAUAAGAAUGCAUAUGCAUUUGUAAGAAUGUAAGAUAAUUUAACGAGUGGAAACUUAGAAUAAGGCUUGGAUUAAUUAUCUUUUAUUGGAAAGUAAUUAUUUUCUGUGUUAACAAGUGACUGAAGAAGUGGGCAAGCAAAUCUGAAUGCAUGCAAGUAUAUGUGUGUGCAUGUGUGAGAGAAUAUAUCUAUAUGUUAAAAUUUGUUUGAUGUUCCUGUGAUGUUUUACUAUCUUAGAAACAAUAUAUACAUUAAGUGAGGGAAGGGGGAUGCAAUUGAUGGGGAGUUGAAUGAAUAAAUGGAAAAGGCUGGUUUUUCUUCUCACAGUUGUGGGCAUCACCAACAAAACCAACACUUUGCCGCGCAUCUCUCAUUGCCCUUUGAUCUGAGUGACCUGCUAGACCAGUUCAGAGGGCAGUUAGGAAUUACCCACAUUGCUAUGGGUCUGAAGUCAUGUAUAGGGCAGACCAGUAAGGACCAGCAGAUUUCCUUCCCUAAAAGAUGUUAGUUUUUACAACAAUUGAUGAUGGUUGUCAUAGUUACUUGCCUUAAUUCCAGAUUGGUUAAUUUUAAAUUUUGCCAGCUGUCUCGGUGAACCCACAAUCCCAGGGGUGACAUUAUCACAAUGCCACAUUUAGGCAGGAGCUCUUGGAUUUUCAACAGGGCAGUGAAGGAACAGCAAUAUAGGAUGGUGUGUGGUUUGAAGGGAACUUUGAAGGUGGUUUUUCCACGGACUAAGAACUAGAAGUAAUGGGUUGCAAAGCCAGUCAUGAAAUGCUGCUGCCACUGUUGGUAAAUGUUGAAGGUGGUGGAUUUGGUGCCAAUCAAGCGGGCUGCUUUGUCCUGGAUGGUAUGGAGCUUCUUGAGUGUUGUUGGAGUUGCCCCCAUCCAGGUAAGUGGGAAGUAUUCCAUUACAUUCCUGACUUGUGUCUUUGUAGACGGUAGACAGGCUCAAGGGAGUCAAGAGUUGCGUUACCCUGCGAUAGCCUCUGACAUGCUGUUACAUCCACAGUAACUGUAUGGUCUGGCUACUCAGUGUGUGCCUGUGCGUGGUUGUAUUGUGAGAGAGAGGCUGUAAUUGUGCUUCUGAGAAUGUUUGUGAGAGUUAAUGGCAUUGUGAGCCUCACCUGAUAGUUGUCACAGUCUGUAUGCACGUACAUGUGUUGUGCUAACUACCAUUGCUACCGGACAAGAAUUGACACUGGUCCCGUUCUAUUCCCUGCCUCUGCCUUAAGGGGUGUUCCAGUUGAGAAACCCGUAGUAAGGAGCCAAGUGUGGAUAGUCUUUGGCACCUCUUAGUGGUCAUUGAUCCUGCCCUCUUGACUGCUGGUAGCAACCUGGAUAGAUUUAAGGAAGUAACUCAUUUUAAAAUAGACUGAAGUUUUCUGUAAAAAUUAACCUUUUUUCAUUAAGUAACAUUCUGGAGAAAUCCUCCAGCGCUUCACUCAUAGAGCUAGCCUGGAAAUUGGUCAAGCCAGUCCAACAUAACCUUACCUGGUUUAAUAACGUCAGCAAUUGUAUCUUGAGCAUAUUAUGAAAUUCAAAUACCUAGCAGGUUACUUGAAUUAUGCAUAUGUGUGAGAUGUCCCUGUGUAAAGUUUAAUAAUGAAAUGCUAGCUAUGUGUUUGUGUAUACAGAAUAAAAAUUAG